AUGAAUAGUGAAUUGAUUGUUGUAAAAUUAGAGAAUAAAGUAAAAGAAUGUCUUGAAGAGAUGUAUUAAGCUAUAGAUGUAAGAUAUUAAUUUAAUAAUUAGUCUUCAUUUAGUAGAAUUGACGAUUAUCUUGAUUAAAUUGUUCUUGCUCCUUAUCCAUCUAUUCCUUAAUAAUGUGUUAAGAGUAUACCAGCAUUUCCUUAAAUUACAUUAAAUUCAAUAUAACCAUUAGUUCAUGAAGUAAUUAAAGAAAUUAAACCUAUAUUCAAUGUAAUUAUUCAAUAAUCAUUUAUAUAGAAUUAAUUAUAGUAAAUUUAACUUAAAUAAUAAAAUACUAAAGAGAUUAAUUAAGAAUAUAUAUUAUAGAAUAUUAAAUAAAACAAUAAUCAUUAAUCAAAUUUAAAACCAUUCACUUUUAAAUUAAUCUAGAAUCAUUCUAUUAAAUAAGAUCAAAAAUGUAGAACAAUAGCUAUUAAAUAAGAUAAUUCUAUUGUAUUAGCUGCUUGUGAUAAAGAUAUUAAAGUAUUUGAAUUUAAAUAAAAUUAAUUGAGAUAAACUUAAAUUCUAAGUGAACAUAAUAAUCCUGUUACUACUUUAAAUUUCAUGAACAAAUCUAAUCAAUUUAUAUCUGCAAGUCAUGAUAAAUAGAUUAUUAUAUGGUCUAUCAAUCAUAAUAAUUAAUGGAUUAGCUCAUAAAAAUUGAAUGGACAUUCUGAUUGGAUUUUUUGUUUAGUAUUGAACAAAAAUGAAGAUCUUAUCAUAUCAGGAAGUGAUGAUAAGACAAUUAAAUUUUGGUAAAAGAAGUAGUAAUGGCUAUGUUCAUAAACUAUUACAGAUCAUACAGAUAUUGUAUGUGGAUUAAGUUUGAAUGAGUAAUAAAAUAAAUUGAUAUCUUGUGGAUAUGAUAAGUUUAUAUUAAUAAUAGAAUAGUCAUCAUAAGAUUAUAAAUGGAAUGUAAUAUAAAAGAUAACAGUUGAAUAGUAUGGUUAUCGAUUAUGCUUCAUUAAUGAUAAUGUAUUCACAUUUUAACCUUAUUCUAAAGAGUUGAUGCAUGUUUAUGAGAUGAGUAAUACUAAUAAAUAGUAUUCAAAAACAAAAGAUAUUCUUGUGAAAAGUGAUUAUAAUGGAUGUGAAGUAUACUUUCCUUAAUAAUAUAUAAAUUCAAAAUGUUUACUUGUUAAUAAGAAUGGUUAUAAUGUUAAUUUGAUAAGGAAAAACCAAAAUGAUGAUUUUAUAACAUUAUAAUCUAUUCAAUUUGGAACUAAUUUUCUAUUUGGAUAGAUGAGUGAAGAUGGAGAGUAUUUGAUUACUUGGGAUGAUAAAUCCAACGAAAUUUAAAUUAGAAAAUGUGAUUACGAGUGA